GUUUGUGUUGCAGGAGGGACGAUGAGCGUGGUGAUGGAUAUCCACUCCUGGCUGGCUGUGAUUAUCUCUGCUGCUGUGGCCGUCCUCUACACUCUGAUGGGAGGAUUCUACUCCGUGGCCUACACUGAUGUCAUCCAGCUUUCCUUCAUUAUCGUCGGCUUGUGGCUCUGUGUGCCAUUUAUCCUGGCUAGCCCCUCCUCUGCUAACUUCACUGUGGCGGCAGUCACUAAGCUGCACCAGGAGCCAUGGAUCGGUCGGCUGGAGCUGGAGGAUGCAGGUCGCUGGGUGGAGGACAUACUGCUGCUG